CCGUGGGAGGAGCGGGAGGCGGCGGAGCCGCGGCAUCGCGGCGCGCAUGCGCUGCGCGGGAGGCGGAGGCGGGGGAAAAUGGCGGACGGCAGAGCGGAGGGGGAGAAGGCGAGGCGGCCGCCGCCCGCAGGAGGACCUGAAGAAGAGGCAGAAAAACCUGUGAAAACUAAGACUGUUUCUUCCAGUAAUGGAGGGGAAAGUUCGAGUCGCAGCGCAGAGAAACGGGCAGCUAAUGAAGAAGCUGAAGACUUUAUCACAAAGCCUGCCCCUGCCAAAAUGUCCAAGUUUGGAUUUUCCAUAGGCAGUCAGACAUCAAAGAAGGCAUCUGCAAUAUCCAUCAAACUAGCAGCAAAUAAGCCUAAAGAGCCCGUUCCAACCCUUGCUCCAAAAACCCUUUCUGUAGCAGCGGCUUUCAAUGAAGAUGAAGAUAGUGAACCAGAGGAAAUGCCUCCAGAAGCCAAGAUGCGUAUGAAGAACAUUGGAAGGGAUACACCAACCUCAGCAGGACCAAAUUCCUUCAAUAAAGGAAAGCAUGGGUUUUCCGACAACCAGAAGCUAUGGGAGCGAAAUAUAAAAUCUCAUCUUGGAAAUAUCCAUGACCAAGAGAAUAACUAAACAAUGUGGAUUGAGAUUUGGGUGUCUGGGGGGAGGGGAGGGUGUAACAUUAAAGGAACAGUCUCCUUUUUUAAGAAUGGUGUAAGACUAUCUUUGGAGCCACUUUUUUAAGAUUUUGAGUGGUACACUAAUAACUGAGUUUGAAAUUAGAGGUAAUUUAUGUUUUGUAUACAGAUCUCAAGGCGUUUGCUAAUUUUGUAGUUCCAUGUGAUUAGUUUCAAAAGGUUACAGAAAUAAAGAGAUUGGAGUGGUACCUUUUUAAGAUUUUUUUUUUUUUUUUUUUUGUCAGUGAUUAAUUAAGGUGAAGGAAAAAGGUUACUGUCUCUUUAAUCAGGUUAACAUAGAGUGCUCUUGCAUUCUUAUUUCUGGCUCCCUCUUCCUAACAGGAGAAACAGUUGGCUCCUGGGAAUACUGCUAAAGAGUGAGCAUUGUCUUGUGCUAGAAGUGUUACUGGACUAUUCAUUUGAAUAAGAACUUAAACAGGAAACAUUAAGAACCUGGAUUUAUUUUUUUUCCCCUGCAGUUAACUUUUUGUUAAGUCUUUGCAAACUAGAAAUUAUGUUGCUCUGAGUGGCUCUGGUAACUUAGCUCUAAUUUUGUUUAAAACUUCAUGUAGGAUGUGUAACAUUCUGUGGCCUGUUUCACGCUGAGGAAAUGGGCCUUGUCUGUAUAUUAGAUACAGUCUGUAAAGAAUAUUCACUACAAGGAUAAGUCAGUAUUUUCAAUGUGCUCCUCUUAAGUCAUUAGCCUUCAGUAGUGCUUGUUAGCAUUUCCUUGUGAAUUAAAUAGAGACUAAUAUUAAAUGCAGCAAUGAGUGGUACACAAAGGCCACCACCAGAAGGACAAGAUGAUGUACGUUAAGCUGCCCGUUUGGUUGAAAUAGUUUUCUUUACUAUGCCUAGAAGGAAUAAAAGCCACACCAAAAAUCAGUAACUCACUGCUUAAGUAUGAAAAAUCUUAAGAUGCACUUUCCCUGUCUUGCCAUGUAAAAAAAAGAAUGCCUUGAUGCCUGUGUCUUCAGUGGAUGCUAUCUGGUUUCAAAAAAAUCCUGGUUUUGCAGUCCUAAUGCGUGUAGUAUCAACUAGAAAUAAAACUCAUCCUCUUCCUGUCUGUCUGCCUUUUGCAGUAAUUUGGAAAAAAUGACAAAGUAACAGCUGCAACAAUAACAAAAAAGCUUGAAAAAACUUAAGGUUCUUUCUGAACUCCAAUACCUGACAGCAUCAACAACUGCUUUCAUUUUAACCUGGAACUGAUGGUAGAGUUCGAUAUAUUAAUUGCUUUCAUCCUCUCUCUAAAGCCUUUCUUCAUGUUAAAUUUAAACCUGCAAGUGCAGAAAGGAAAGUGCAUCUUCAGUUGUAUUUUUUUUAUUUUAUUUUAGGAAAGCUCUGACCACUUAGACUUCUGAGUUUGUAUGUUCUAAAAAAAUAUUUUUUGUAUUUUUGUAUUGUAUGUGUAAUCUUUUUUCUUUUGAAGUCUGAUGCAGUUGAAUACCUGUAACUAUUUUCUUUAAAGGCCUUGUUAUAAACGUAACAUAAAAACGUAUACGUUAUUUUUUUUUU